AUGUCGAGCUUGAUUCCAAACGCUCCUGCUGAUGAUCGCCCGGAUGAUGUUAAGGCUGAUUUGGAGUAUGGAAAGUUGACUUCUGAGGAGUAUUUAUAUGUCUCGAAGCAUCCAGUUGGAGAACCAUUGCCUAUUCCAAUCGAUGAUGAGCCUCCUUAUGUAAUACAUAUUGCAACAUUGCUUAGUUAUCUUAUAUUGAUAAUAAUCGGUCAUAUCCGUGAUUUUUUCGGCAAGAUUUUUAAACCUAAAGACUAUGAAGAUCUUGUCGAGAAGGAUGGAUAUGCGCCGUGGUAUGACGGCUUUGAAAAUUUCUAUGUCAGACGUUUGAAGACAAGAAUUGACGAUUGUUUUGCCAGACCAAUUCAUGGUGCUCCAGGACGCUUCAUAAAAUGUUUUGAACGCGACAGAGUCAAAAAUGGCUAUGUUUAUACUGGAGAGUCUAUCGAAUGCUUGAAUUUGUCUUCUUAUAAUUAUUUGGGAUUUGCUCAAUCCCAUGGUGUUUGCACGGACAACGUUUUGAAGAUCGUCGAAAAGUAUGGAACUUCAUCCUGUUCACCCAGAAACGCGGUGGGAACUACAAAUUUACACAAGGAUUGCGAGAAGGUAAUUGCUGAUUUCGUCGGCAAAGAAGACUCAAUAAUUGUUAGUCAAGGUUACGGAACUAAUGCAAGUUUAUUUGCUUCCAUUGUGGAUUCUCAAUGUCUUGUGCUAAGUGAUUCUUUGAACCAUGCUUCAAUCAGAUUUGGAAUUCGACUUUCUGGGGCCUCAGUGAAAGUCUUCAAGCACAAUGACAUGAGAGACUUAGAAAAGUUGAUCAGAAAUGAAAUUGCUCAGGGCCAGCCUAAAACUCACAGACCAUGGAAGAAAAUCAUUAUCGCCGUCGAGGGAUUAUAUUCCAUGGAAGGCAACAUGGUUAAUUUACCAGAGGUUGUCCAAUUGAAAGACAAAUAUAAAUGCUACUUGUUUGUCGAUGAAGCGCACUCAAUUGGUGCAUUGGGUCCACGAGGUCGAGGUAUUUGUGAUUAUUUCCUGGUUGACCCUUCGAGAAUCGAUAUUUUGAUGGGAACUUUAACUAAGUCUUUUGGUGCUACAGGUGGAUAUGUCGCCGCGGAUAAGUGGAUCAUUGAUAGAUUAAGAUUAUCUUAUUUAAAUUGCAGUUUCGGUGAAGGAGUGCCGCCACCAGUUUUGGAACAAAUUAUAUCGUCUUUGCAGGUUAUCAAUGGCUCCAUCAGUCCAGGUGAGGGCGAAGAAAGGUUGAAGAGAAUCGCCUUCAACUCAAGAUACUUGCGUCUUGGAUUGAAGAAGUUAGGAUUUAUCGUUUACGGAGCAGAUGAUUCGCCAGUCAUCCCAUUGUUAUUGUAUCUUCCUGCUAAAAUGCCCGCCAUCUCUAGAAUGCUUUAUUCCAUGAAAAUUGCGGUUGUUAUAGUGGGAUACCCUGCGACUCCUAUCACAACCGCUAGAGUUAGAUUAUGUGUCAGUUCGGCAUUGACAAAGGAAGACCUAGACUACGUGCUAGCUAAAUUCAGUGAGGUUGGUGAUAUUCUAUAUUUGAAAUUUAGCAGUGGGAUAGCUGGUGGGUCUCCUGAACCGAACGUUGCCCCUCGAUUGUCUAUUGAGGAAGUUCUUGCACAUAACGUCGAGGACAGUAAACUUCCAAAAUUGUUUUGA